CGACCCCCUUCUCAUUCCCUUAAUUCUUACGGUGGCGGCAUGGAAGAAGCUCGGUCGCCAGUCGGCUCAACAGGUACUCCCGGGCCGCUAUCACAGCAGCCAGCUUCGCACCUCAGCAUAGACAACAACAGUGAAACCGGUGAUACUUGCAUGGGAUCCGGAGACGGAACUGGUGAGGAAGAGGAUGAUGAGCGAGAAAAGAAAAGACAAAAGAAAAGAGGAAUAUUCCCCAAAGUCGCCACCAACAUAAUGAGGGCGUGGUUGUUCCAACAUCUCUCUCAUCCUUACCCAUCUGAAGACCAGAAGAAACAACUGGCUCAGGAUACUGGAUUGACAAUUCUGCAGGUUAAUAACUGGUUUCUUAACGCUAGAAACCGGGUUUUGAUACCCGUGGUGGAACAAACCAACAGUUCUGGAGGAACUAUAAGCACUCCUAGUUCAGCUUACAGUCCAGACGGCGCUGGCAUGGGAUACAUGAUGGAUGGAAGUCAACAGAUGCACAUGAGACCUCCAGGUAUGCAAAAUUUGUCGUGUACAGAACCAACUAUGGGCAUGGGUCACAUGGGCGGUAUGAUGGGCUAUUCUCAAAUGUCUCAGCUGAGAUCUUCGGUCCAUUCCCAAUCCAUGCUGCUGCCGGGUCACCCACACCCUAUGAUGAUGGCGCAUGCGCCGAUGGGACACCCAGGGUUGCCUCCACAGACGUCUCCGUAUGAUGCUACAGGACAACACAUUAUGGAUUUACAUGCAACUUAAUUUUUUUCUUUGUGACCUAUCACUCGAGAAUUAAGAGAAGGUUGUGCGUCAUGCAAACAGCAUACGCCUCCACUGACAGACAGCCCACUAAUUGGAAGUUUUAGUCGCACUUAUAAUAGAAAGUGUUUUGUUUUUUCUCAUUAUUUUAACCAUCUCUUCAAAUUACGGAACGUAAAAUCCGAAGAAAACAUUGUGGCGGCCAUUUUGGGCUCAUGAGGUAGUGGUAAGAUAAACAGUGAUUUAAAAACAGUUCGGUGGGUCUUAAUAACACAAAUUGCUAGUUUGUACGGAACUCUACAGGGUAGCACAACUUCAUGAUUUAAUUUGUCAUGUUCGAAGGAUUAAUUAUUCACUGCACACUUUAUCCACAUUUUACUCAUGGCAUAAUUGCUUGGACUCGAGUGUUAUCUUAUUCGAUGUAGGAGUGUAAGUAUGAAUGUAUGACAGAUUAUGUUCAAUUUAAUAUAAAAUCAGUUUAAAUAUGAUGUUUAGUGUUCACCAAGAUGUAUGUAUAAUGUGUUGGUUUAUUGCUCAUUAAAAAGAAGUAGACGUCUCAUUCA